AUGACGGCCUCUCUUAACUCUACCCUCCUGACCCUUAUCAAUGACUACAAACUGAAAGGACCCAAUUAUAAUGACUGGCAUCGGAGUCUAUCUACAGUUCUUGAUGAAGUGGCCCCUCAGAAAUCUAUUGAUGAUGAUUAUGAUCAGCAUGAAGCCUACGAAUACUUUUAUUUAUGUGAUUCAAAGGCUAUGUUAUACAUCCUUGGAUCGGUUGAUAAAUCGAUCACUGACUCUGUGAAAGGCAUAACCUCUGCCAAGGGUGUGAUGGAUAAGCUCAAGGAACUUUUCAGUCAGACUGAUGUGCAUGAGCACCAUGAGCUUGUUGGUUUUAUCCAUAAUACCAAAAUGAAAGAGGGAACUCCAAUCAUCGAUCAUGUCAUGAAGAUGAGAAAUUUGUUUGAGAAACUGAAAACCCUGGAUACUUCCUUCACUCUUAAGUACAAAAGAAAUGUGAUCUUCAACUCUCUCCCCAUAGCGUAUAGCCCUUUUGUCUGCAACUUCAACAUGAAUAGGUUGGAUGUUGAGCUAACUGAGGUGGGCAAUAUGUUACAAGAGGUGGAGAAAGCAUUUAAGAAGGAAAAGGGUGAGGUCAAUGCCACAGAAGUCAAAGGAUCUAAUUUCAAGGAUAAAGGGAAGAAGAACAAGGCCAACAAGGGUAAAACCCUUAAGGGCAAGGGUGGAAAGAUACAAAAGAAAACUACAGAACCCAAGGGGAAAUGCUUCUUUUGUGGAAACGAUGGUCACUAG